AUGUCCAGCAUGAACGAUUCAAUGCAAGACACGAAGGGAAGCCUCUAUGACAAUGCUCAAUCUGCUGCCAACACGAUCCAGAAUCAUCCUGCUACACAGAGUGUGAAAGAUGCAAUGGGCAACGGCCCCGUUGCGGACCAUGUCAAGGACCAGCAUGCAAAGACUACGUCCGAAUUCCGUAGUCUUGCUGACUCUCGCACCACUCCCGAGCAGUCUACGGCAAAUGGGCAGCCGUUGACUCAUUACCAUUCGUUCUUCUACAAUCUCCUAAGCUGGGAGAAUCCCCGUGCAACGACGCUAUCCUUUGUUUCGAUUGUACUCUCCAUCUUCGCAGCCCGGUACUUGCCCGCCCUACGCUGGUCGUUCAAGGCCUUGUGGAUGGUACUUGGGAUCACCGCCUCUGCUGAAAUCGCUGGAAAGCUUGUCCUCUCCCAAGGCCUAGCUUCUUCCUUCCGACCCAAGAAAUACUACACAAUUCCAAGGGAGGCUCUUGAGGCAUCGCUGGAGGACAUCGAGCAAUUCAUCAAUUUCUUCGUCAUUGAAUUCCAACGUGUCCUCUUUGCCGAAAACGUCGUCCACACCGUUGCGGGCUUCGUCGCAGCUCUUCUCUCCUACUGGCUCAUCAAGGUCGUUCCAUUCUGGGGCCUGUCCCUCAUCGCCGUCUCAUGCAUCUACAUGGGACCCUUAAUCUACAUGACGAACAAGGAGCUCAUCGACCACCACGUCAAGAACGCGUCCGAGGUCGCUAACGCCCAAGCGAAUCAGCUCAAGGAUCUUGCUGGCCAUCAUACCGCUCGUGCUCACGAGACUGUCAAAUCUUAUGCCGGAGACUACAGCGCCAAAGCCCAGGAGUACAUGGGUAAUGCUCGUGGCCGCUCCACUUCUCCUGAAGUCAAUAGCUCCAAGCCUACGUCCGACGCACCAGUCAAAUCUGAGCCGGGCAGCGACCUUAGCGCCUCCGACUUCCCCCAUGCUCCCAAGCAGGAGCCUACGUCUGGCGUCACUUCCCACCAGGAGCAAUACAAGAACUCCCAAUUUGGUGGACAGGCUGAGCCAGCCUACUAG